CCGGAGCUGAUCCCGGGAAUAUGCUUUCUCCAUGCUCUGCUUUCUCCAGGAAGGCCAAGACUGAACUACUUGAGUCAAUAGAGAAAGAGUACAUAGAGUUUUAGCUGACUGAGAGAAAGGGCAUGGUCCUCAUCCGCCUCGCCUCCGCCCCCUCCGACCGUCUCUGAGCCCUCAGCAGGGCCAAGAUGGACCUUCGGAUUGAGCUCGAUAGCCCAGAGUCACCCCCCGAGCUGCUUGGAUGGGCUGGCUACUUCGAACCAGGAGGCACGGUCAGCGGCAGGGUCAUCAUUUGGAACAAGACCUUCCGCAACCAGGAGUUCAAGAAAGACUUGGAAAUAACUUUCACUGGAAAGGCAUGGACGGUGACGACGUCUUCAGUGGAGAUAUUUUUCACGCACAAACUGGAAUUAGGACCAAGGGUCAAUCGAUCCCGGAAACGCAACAGCGGCAUAAUUCAGCCUGGGAGAACAGACUACACAUUCAACUUCCGACUGCCUCCCUCCAUGCCCUCCACAUUCAAUGGGCGAUUCGGAAAGGUGGACUAUUAUGCCGCAGUGACGCUGUGUUCUCGUGGAGCGUUGGACAAGAGAGUCACCCUUCCGUUUAAUGUUCUCUCCAUGAAAGAUCUUAACGUGGACCCGAAAGCAGCUCGGUCAGCCAAGAUAAUUAUGGAAAAGUCGUUGGGCUGCCUCUGCUGUCGAAAUGGACCGAUUCGUGUCACGUUCGGAGUGCCCUUCAAGGGAUGCGUCCCCGGCGGCUUUCUCCAGUUCUCAGUGGAAAUCAUCAACCUUACAUCCCUCGAUUUGAAACGAGCCACAGUCAGCCUGAUCCAGGAGGCCACGGUGUGCAGUGGACGGACGAGCGAGAUUGACACGAAGGUGGUGUGUCGUAUGAAGGGGCCCUGCGUGAGGGCAGGAGAGACCAAACUCUGGGAAGUGGACAAUUUUCCAGUCCCGGUGCCAAGCGUUCCACCGAGCGACACGGACUCUUACGGCUGCGUCCAGUACAUUACCAUUCAAUACGAACUGAGGAUUAAAGUGGCCGUGAGAGACCUGGUGUUCGGCUGCUUCCAAGAGAGCGCCCUUUCCGGCAGUAUACCGAUUAUUGUGGGAACAAUCCCUUUAAUCGAGUCAGAGUCGGAGGGCUCCUCGUCCACCGUCGUCCUUAGCACGAGCAACACGGAUGCCAAUUUGGAUGAAAUCUCCGAAGUCUACAUGCCCACGUCCGCAAGUCGCUCGACGUCCAUCGAACUUCCCAAUUACGUUGACUCACAAAGACGGUACAACUCCUCCACGCGGUACAAGGACUCGCCACCACCGUCCUACAUCGAAGCGAUCGUGCGACAACAACAGAGUCAGGGGCAGAUGAUGCAGACCCACACUCGAGGUUCUCCCAGCAUACUCUUAUGAUCCAGGGUAUCACCCGUCGUCAUUGCGGAGCAACCGCGACGGGUGAUCCCCCUCAUGUCACGCCCCUCCGCCGUGACCACCACGCCAUUGAGCUCCUCCUCCGCCAACAAUGGGACAGGGAACACGGGCAGCAGCAGCAGCAGAAGCAACCGACGAAGUAUGGCCACAAAUGGAGGAGCUUCUUCCCUAUCAUCCACGGACAGCACUCCGACUUCUGUGGAGUCGGCCGCAUUAGUCUUCACACAGCAACCUAUUAGAUUGACUGGCGAGCAGGAGAGCUGGUUCUAAUCUGGUCGUCGUUAUGAUUUGCAUACACACACUUAAUUGCAACAAGUAAUAGAUAUCUCUCUCUCUAGUGGAAUAAGGGUGGCAGAACGCUAUAAUAAUUAAAGUGCUGAUUAUGAAUCGCUUUAUACCUGAACAAAUAAGCCUAAACCUAUGUUAGCGAUAAGUGACGGACGAUACAAGAAAUAAAAUUAUCGAACUUGCCGAAAUAA